UCCUGUUGUAGCAAUUGGGAAUGCUGCCUCUUUUCUUGCCUGCUAAGCACACAGUUACUUUCUGCUGAUGGCAGAAAGAGUGGUUGUUUAAUUGACCACUUAAUUGCUUUAAUUGGCUGUGAGCCUGAAGGCUUUCCCACCCAGAUCUUAAUUUUUGAGGUGGUAUGAAACAGCUGGUAUCAUCCAGUGCCAAACCGGCUGAUCAUUUGUCUUUUAUGCGAUCUUACCCACCACUUCUAGGCAGUGGAAAAUCCCAGCCAGAGUGUUAGUUAGGAGGGGUUUUUGAAUUUUCAGAGCAAGGAGAUCAUUAACAUCUACCACCAUGGUAAUUUUGACACAAAUGGGGCUGCAUUCAGUAAUCCUUUGUUUGUUAUUUCCACCAAUCAGCUCUUCCCUCCUCCUAUUCAAUUUCAGUUUUAUGUUUUAAAUGAAAUAUUUGUAGCUCAGGCACUACCACCAUUCUAAAUUAUGUUGAGUGAAUUGUCAUGUUAUUAAAUCUCUAUUUAAAACUGGAUAUUUUGGUGAGUAUAUUUUUAGAGCUGUGUACAAGGUUACAUUUAAGAAUGAGUUUGAAGUGCAGUGGAAUUUCUUGUAUUAUUGCAGCAAAGUGAUUCUUGCUUGAUGCCUAUCAUAGUGUCAUAUUUUAAUAUCAAAAUCUGUUUCCUCAGCUGAUGACAAGCCCCCUGCAGUAAACAUUCCAACUCUGGAGCAUUCGAGGGUGAAGGAGCUGAGCAAGUCUGUUCCAAUGCUCAUGACUGAGAGUGAAUCAGACUCUGCUUCAGAGGUCAGCUUCAACAUUGGAUGGCACAGGAAGACUCCCAGUGAUGCCAGCCAUUCCUCAGAUAUGGCAUCUGUGUCUUCGGUGAGUGGAAGCAUCAUGAGUGUCUACAGUGGUGAUUUCGGAAGCAUUGACGCCCAGGGGUCAGUCCAGUUCGCUUUGGAUUACAAUGAGAAGAAUAAAGAGUUUCAGAUUUAUGUGUGUCAGUGUAAGGAUCUGGCUGUAGUGGAUGAGAAGAAGGGUCGAACUGAUGCAUAUGUUAAAACCUACUUGCUUCCAGACAAGGCACGUAUGGGUAAGAGGAAGACCUCUGUCAAAAGGCGAAACAUUAAUCCACUCUACAAUGAAAUAUUGAAG